AUGACAGAAGCAGAAAAGGUGCACGGCGCCGACUCGCCACCGCAGUAUCCUUACGGCACCGAUGAGACUGGCAUCGAGUACGACGAUGACCUCGGUGCUGUUUGCCCACCGCAUACAACCGAGAGGCGGCUGGUCAACAAGAUUGACUGGCAUGUUCUUCCGUUCUUGUGCAUCAUGUAUCUUUUGGCCUUUCUCGACAGAGUGAAUAUAUCGAAUGCAAACGUAUUUGGUCUCUCUGAAGACUUGGGAAUUGUCGAAGAUAACAAAUACAACAACGCCCUUGUCAUCUUCUUUGUGCCCUACAUUCUCUUCGAGAUUCCGUCCAACAUGCUUCUCAAGAAAUUGAAGCCGCAUAUCUGGUUAUCGGCAUGCAUGUUUCUAUUCGGUCUCACCACUGUAUGUCAAGGCCUGGUCCAGAAUUACUCCGGCCUGCUUGCAACUCGAUUCUUCCUGGGAUUGUUCGAGACGGGCAUGUUUCCAGGAUGUUUCUAUCUGAUCGGCAUGUGGUAUCGCCGGCACGAAGCCCAGCGUCGAUACAGCUUCUUCUUCAGCAGCACAACUCUCGCAGGAGCAUUCGGCGGACUUCUUGCUAGCGCCAUUGGAAAGAUGGAUGGUAUGCGAGGAUAUGGGGGCUGGAGAUGGAUCUUCAUCCUUGAAGGCACCCUAACCUGCGUCGUUUCACUUUCUUUCUUCUUUUUAAUUCCCAGUUUUCCCGAGGAAGCAAAAUGGCUCCAAUCCUCCGAGCGCGAAUACAUCGCCGCCCGUCUCCGUCUCGACCAAGGUCGCUCAGCUGUAGAACGCAAAAUCACGUUCCAAGACGUCAAGAACGUCUUCAAAGACCCCAAGAUCGUCGUUGGCGGCUUCAUGUACUUGGGCCUCAUCGUCCCCGCGUAUGGCUACGCGUACUUCUCACCCGCCAUCAUCAACUCCUAUGGCUACUCGCCCAUUCAGACACAGCUGCAUAGUGUACCUCCUUGGGCAGCAGCUUUCGCUUUCGCCAUGAUCAUCGCGUAUGCCAGCGAUAAAUCACGGCAUCGAUUCCUCUUCGCCAUCUUCCCUAUCUGCGUCUGCAUCGCCGGCUUCGCGAUCCUCCUCGCCGUGCACGACAACACGCAUGUACAGUAUGCAGCGCUCUUCCUCGUUGCCAUGGGCGCGUACGCAGCGAUGCCAGUCAUCGUGUGCUUCUUCAACAUGAAUCUAGGCGGCCAUCAUCGGCGCGCUGUGGGCACCGCGUGGCAAGUUGGAUUUGGAAACAUCGGCGGUAUCAUUGCUGUUUAUGCCUUCUUGAAGAAGGAUGCGCCAAAGUAUAUUCCUGGGUAUAGCAUCAGUAUCGCUUUUGUGUGUUUGAGCAUGCUAGCCACAACACUGUACUUCCUCAUGUGCUUGAGGCAGAAUCGGAACAGGGAUAAGGCUGGACGAGAUCUUAGUCUUUCGGAGUCAGAGAAGACGGAGAUGGGCGAUAUGAGUCCGGAUUAUCGAUAUAUGUUGUAG